AUAUAGAGAGAGAGAGAGAGAGAGAGAGAGAGAGAGAGAUUGGGCUAUGAAAGUUCAGUUAAAAUUAUGCUAAAAUGGAGACUAUUUAUAGGGGUUCUGGAUAUGGUUUCUUGGGUAUUUGCAGGAGGGAGAUGGGUUUAUCGCAGCCUCGAACCUUCGCUCGCCAAUUAUCUGCUUCAGAGGGCAUUGUGAAACGAAUUGAUCUAUAUGGGGAAUUAAAUGGUCAUGCGGAUUGUGUAAACACAGUGGAAUUCAACUCCACAGGCGACCUUCUCGUGUCAGGUUCCGAUGACAAACAAGUUAUGUUUUGGAAUUGGGCAAUGAAAGCAUUGAAAUUGUCAUAUCCUUCUGGCCACUUAGAUAACAUAUUCCAUACAAGAAUCCUACCCUUCACUGAUGAUCGAAAAAUAGUAACUUGUGCUGCUGAUGGCCAGGUUAGGCUUGGCCAGGUUCUGGAGAAUGGCGAAGUUGAAACAAAAAGGAUUGGGAGGCACCGAGGUCGUGUAUAUAAGCUUGCUGUGGAGCCAGGGAGUCCCCACAUAUUGUAUAGCUGUGGCGAGGAUGGUUUUGUUCAACGCUAUGAUCUGCGAAGUAACUCAGCUACGAAGCUUUUCUGUUGCUCCUCUUUCACAGAAAAUGAGCUGUCUUCGGGCCCAGUCACGUUGAAUGACAUUGUCAUUGACCCAAGAAAUCCUAAUUAUUUUGCUGUUGCUGGUUCUGAUGAGUAUGCUCGGGUCUAUGACAUCAGAAAAUACCAAUGGGAUUCAUCAAGUAAUUUAGGCAGACCUGUAAACACAUUUUACCCUCGUCACUCGAUUCAGAAUCCUGACGUUCACAUCACGGGAUUGGCAUACUCUAACACAAGUGAACUGCUCGUCUCUUACAAUGACGAACUCAUUUACUUGUUCCAGAAGAACAUGGGAUUGGGUCCUGCUCCAUCCUCUCUCUCACAUGAAGAUUUACAGAAACUGGAAGAUCCACAAGUUUACGUGGGCCAUAGGAAUUCACAAACGGUUAAAGGAGUGAGCUUCUUUGGUCCCAAUGAUGAAUACAUUAUGAGCGGAUCCGAUUGUGGUCAUAUAUUUAUUUGGAAGAAGAAGGGAGCUGAACUUGUGCGUCUAAUGGUAGGUGAUGAGAACAUUGUAAAUCAUCUUGAGCCUCAUCCAUAUAUGCCUGUUCUUGCUACCUGUGGAAUAGAAAAUAAUGUUAAACUCUGGGCUCCUAUGUCAAAUGAUGUUCUUCCACUGCCUCAAGAUGCAGACGAGAUUAUGGAGGCUAAUAGGCUAGCAAGGGAGGACCGUUCACGGGUAACGCUCACCCCUGAUGUUAUCAUGCAUGUUUUGAGGCUGCAUAGGAGGCAAGCACAGGUUUAUAUGGAAAGAAGAUAUGACAGAGCUGCUGUCGAGAGUGAGGAAGAAGACGAAGCAGCGGCUUGUGUUUUAGGAUUUUCGGAUGAUGGUCCCUCUUUUGAGGAGGGUGUUACAGAAAAUUCCACAGAGUGCAACAUUAGCUAGUGUUUUGUGUAACUUGGCAGUGAGCAAAAACUGUUGCUUCUUUUUUCCUUCUUACUUGCAGUUUCUUUUUCA